CCAUCAUGCCUCGCGGUGCCCCUUGCCCCGGAAGUCCGGUUGCCGCCGCCGCUGCUUGGGUUCCAAUUCCAACUCCGCGGCCGCCGCUGUAUCCCCACGCGGGGCCAUGGGAGUCCCGGCCUUCUUCCGCUGGCUCAGCCGCAAGUACCCCUCCAUCAUCGUCAACAGCGUGGAGGAGAAGCCUAAAGAAUGCAAUGGCAUCAAAAUUCCAGUUGAUACUAGCAAGCCUAAUCCCAAUGAGGUGGAGUUUGAUAACUUGUAUUUGGAUAUGAAUGGUAUUAUCCAUCCAUGUACACAUCCUGAGGACAAACCAGCUCCCAAAAAUGAAGAUGAAAUGAUGGUUGCCAUUUUUGAGUACAUUGACAGACUUUUCAACAUUGUCAGGCCAAGACGACUUCUCUACAUGGCAAUAGAUGGAGUAGCUCCCCGUGCAAAAAUGAAUCAGCAGAGGUCCAGGAGAUUCAGAGCAUCAAAGGAAGGAGUGGAAAGUGCAGAAGAGAAGCAAAGAAUAAGACAAGAAAUUUUGGCAAAAGGUGGCUUUCUCCCUCCAGAGGAAGUGACAGAGAGAUUUGACAGCAAUUGUAUUACACCAGGAACUGAGUUUAUGGACAAUCUUGCUAAAUGCCUUCGCUAUUACAUUGCUGAUCGUUUAAACAAUGACCCAGGGUGGAAAAAUUUGACAGUUAUUUUAUCUGAUGCGAGUGCUCCUGGUGAAGGGGAACACAAAAUCAUGGAUUACAUUAGAAGACAGAGAGCUCAGCCAAACCAUGACCCAAACACUCAUCAUUGUUUGUGUGGGGCUGAUGCUGAUCUGAUCAUGCUUGGACUAGCUACACAUGAACCAAACUUCACUAUAAUCAGAGAAGAGUUUAAACCAAAUAAACCCAAACCCUGUGGUCUUUGUAGUCAGUUUGGCCAUGAGGUUAAGGAUUGUCAAGGCUUGCCAAGAGAGAAACAAGGAGAGCAUGAUCAGUUUGCAGAUUGUCCUCCUGGCUCUGAACAAGAGUUUAUCUUUAUCCGAUUAAGUGUGCUGCGAGAGUAUUUGGAAAAAGAACUAACUAUGGCCAGUUUACCUUUUACUUUUGAUAUUGAGAGAAGCAUAGAUGACUGGGUCUUCAUGUGUUUCUUCGUGGGGAAUGACUUUCUUCCUCAUUUGCCAUCGUUAGAGAUCAGGGAGGGAGCAAUUGAUCGUCUGGUUGCCAUAUAUAAAAACGUGGUGCACAAAACUGGGGGGUACCUCACAGAGAGUGGUUAUGUCAACCUCCAGAGAGUACAGAUGAUCAUGUUGGCUGUUGGAGAAGUUGAAGAUAGCAUUUUUAAAAAGAGGAAAGAUGAUGAGGAGAACUUCAGAAGACGACAAAAAGAAAAAAGAAAAAGAAUGAAGAGGGAUCAGCCUUCUUUUAUUCCUGGUGGCCAGUUUUCCCCUCAAGCUUUAGGGAGAGGAAAUAGAUCUAGUCCUCAAGCAAUCAGUAACCCCAGGCAGACAGCCUAUGAAAUGAGAAUGCAAGACAAACGGAACUCGACUCCUUCUUCAUCUCCUAAUACUAGUUUCACUUCUGAUGGCACCCCGUCCCCAGCAGGAGGAAUUAAGCGCAAAGCAGAAGACAGUGACAGUGAACCUGAGCCAGAGGAUAAUAUCAGGUUAUGGGAAUCUGGUUGGAAACAGCGCUACUAUAAGAACAAAUUUGAUGUUGAUGUGUCUGAUGAGAAAUUCCGUCGUAAAGUUGUACAGUCUUAUGUUGAAGGGCUUUGCUGGGUUCUCAGAUACUAUUAUCAGGGUUGUGCUUCCUGGAAGUGGUACUAUCCUUUCCAUUAUGCGCCAUUUGCCUCUGACUUUGAAGGUAUUGCAGACCUGCCCUCAGACUUUGAGAAGGGUACAAAACCGUUCAGACCACUUGAACAACUCAUGGGAGUAUUUCCUGCUGCUAGUGGUAACUUUCUACCACCAACAUGGCGGAAGCUCAUGACUGAUCCAGAAUCAAGUAUAAUUGACUUCUACCCUGAAGAUUUUGCUAUUGAUUUGAAUGGGAAGAAAUUUGCUUGGCAAGGUGUUGCUCUGUUGCCAUUCGUUGAUGAGCGCCGUCUGAGAGCUGCUCUGGAAGAGGUUUACCCUGACCUUACUCCUGAUGAAAACAGAAGAAAUAGUCUUGGUGGCGAUGUUCUGUUUGUUGGAAAACAUCACUUGCUUUGUGACUUUGUUUUAGAACUGUACAAAUCCAGUAGCACAGAGCCAAUGGAUAUACCCCCUGAACUGUGCCAUGGAAUCCAGGGAAAACUUACUCUGAAUGAAAAUGCAGUUCUUCCAGAUCAGACAGUAGAGUCUCCUGUUCCAUUGUUGCGUGAUCUGGCACAGAAUUCUGCCAUCAGUAUCAAUUUCAGAGAUCCACAAUUUCAAGAAGACUUUGUUUUCAAGGCUGUAGUAUUACCUGGAGCAAAAAAACCUGCACCAGUUCUGAAGCCAGGUGACUGGGAAAAAACCAACAAUAAUGGCAGGCCUUGGAGGCCCCAGCUUGGUUUUAACCGAGACAGAAGACCAGUUCAUUUGGACCAGUCUGCAUUCAGAACUUUAGGCCAUGCAAUGUCACGGGAAAGAGGACAGUCAGGAAGUGGAGUCUAUAGUAAUGCAGCACCACUUGGGGCUUAUCAGGGAAACCCAUAUAGACCACUUCUAGGUGGCCAACCACAGAUUCCUAAAUUGUUGUCAAAUCUACGGCCCCAAGAAUCAUGGCGAGGUCCCACACCUCUGUUUCAACAGCCACCACAGAGAUAUGAAAGAAAUUCUGGGGCUGCCCCUCUUAUAUCUUGGAACCGCAUGCUGCAAUCCCAGGGUGCAGCAUUCCAGCAAAAUCAGUAUCGAGGACUAGGUGGACCAAUGAAUUACCCCCACAGACCUGAGGAUCGAAUGGAUAGGGGAAGACAGGGAUAUGGCCCUGGGAGGCCCUACCCUUUGCCACCUCCCGCUGGAAGAUACAACUGGAAUUAGAUCUUGAAGUCCUCCACCAUCAAAACCUGUUUUUGCAAUAGCUGUGGAAAAAUGAGGCAUCUUUAAGAAACAUACUAGUAGUUUUUAAACUGCAAUAUGUGUUUUAACUGUGUAUAUUUCAUACUGAGAAGAUUUGAUUGGGGGGGAAGGGUUUUUAUGUUGCUUUGAAACAGUGUACUGGAGAAGACAUGUAAAGCACUUCCUAAGGUGCAUGAGAGAAACAUUUCAUGAAGUAGGAGAACUGUUCUGCCUGUAUUACUAGCAUAUGCCUGUCAAUUGCAAAUCAAAACAUCCUUUAAUUCACAACAUAAGAGCCCCAAAAUAGAUACUGAUGUUUAAAGAAUGCCUAGAAAUAAGGUCUUAUUAGCUGUGAAGGUAGGCACAGCAGGCAGUCUAAGAAACACAACAUGUAAAGACACGCUUUUGUCCGUAUUCUUUUUAACACCACUUCACUGAUGUAUUUGUCUCUCGAAUUUGAUUUCUGGACUUCUAAGUAAAAAUGUUUCAACUUUUACAACUUUUGUCUGGUGUGUUGUUGUUCUUCUAUGCCUUUUACCUCAUAGAAUAUGAAAUUAACAGAUAUUUUACAGAAAAUCACGUUUUCAAACAAAGGUUAACAAACCGUUAGCUGGCUAGUAAAUGGGUGCAUUUUUUAGUAAUUUUCAAAGGGUUUUGCAUUCAGUGUAUUGAAUACUGAAAUAGUUUCUUUUUACUUGACUGCCCUAUGAAGUGGCUUUUGAAAAUGUGCACUGGUAUUAAGUGGCUUAUGACUCUCUUUCCUCUGGAAUAUUUGUGUAGUUUUUAUCUAAAUGCAGAUGCACACUUAUUUGUUUGGUAUUAAUAACUUGGAAAAUCCUCUAUAAACAUCCAUAUUUUUCAAAGACUCCAUACUUUUUAGUUUGCCCAUAAAAAGUAAACAAUUCUCUGCUCCUAACAUACACCGUGCAUCAGGUUAAGUAAACUAUUUAAAAUGAAUGCAAUAUUGCUAAGUAUCUCAUUUUAUAUUUUUCUUUAAUAUGCACAUGUAUGUAUGCAUAACUGUAGCCUUUUUCUAUGCAAGUAUUUUUUAACUCUUACACAAGGUUAUAAGAAAAAGUCUCUCCUGGACCAUUUGAUAGAGGCAGUUUAGCUAUGUCCUCCUUCAAGGUCAUAAAUGUUAGUACUCAAAUAUAAGGAAAAAGACCAGACCAAAGUAACCUUGAGAGGACGAAAUCCUGCACCUAGAUUCAUUUGCAAGUGAUUGGGGAUGGAGCAGAAUACUUAUUGUGCUUCAAAGAGUAGUCAUAUUGUUAGAAACUGAUGUAUACCAUCAGAUUGCAAUGGCCUAUAGUGCAUUACAUUAAAGUGUUGUGUGGGUAUAAACAUUUGCUAUUGAACAGAACAGGAGCAGCAGUGAAACUCAAUUUUCAGACAUAUAGGCAUUCUCAAAGCACAACCUCCUGUAUGGGUGUUUUUUAAUAUCAUAUCUAAAGAAAAUGUCUGUUUCUGUUUAUCCUUUUCAAAUGUGACUGACAGCUAAAAUGUUAUAGAAUAAACCAUCUGCAAAUGGAAACUGAA